CGUCGCGGCCGUGGGAUGCGGGAGCAUCCAAGGGCGGAGAGAGAGCCAGAUCGCCCUUGGUCUCUCCUGCAGUGGGAACGGGGGAGGAGGAGGGGCGCGUAUCGUUCGAGACGAGACACGCUUCCUUCCGAACCCUGGUUUUUCCACCGAGCCAUUCAUUGUCUGGUUACCCUCGUGUGUGUGUGUGUGUCUUUCAGUGCGUUUGUGUUUGAGGUCUCAUUUGCACCUUGCCGUUCGUUCGUUCGAUCGUUCGUCCGUGCUCUCGUUUCUUCUACAUCGCCGCAUCGUUUUCCGAGUGUCAGGAUGGCGCGUACCAAGCAGACUGCGCGUAAGUCGACGGGAGGAAAGGCUCCGAGGAAGCAGCUGGCGACGAAGGCUGCGAGGAAGUCGGCUCCGACCACGGGAGGAGUGAAGAAGCCACAUCGUUAUCGGCCAGGAACAGUCGCUCUUCGGGAGAUUCGCAAGUACCAGAAGAGCACGGAGUUGCUGAUCCGCAAGUUGCCGUUCCAGAGACUGGUCCGCGAGAUCGCACAGGACUUCAAGACCGAUCUGCGUUUCCAGAGCCACGCCGUGCUGGCGCUUCAGGAGGCAGCAGAGGCAUACCUGGUGGGUCUGUUCGAGGACACGAACUUGUGCGCCAUCCAUGCGAAGCGGGUGACGAUCAUGCCAAAGGACAUCCAGCUGGCGAGGAGAAUCAGGGGAGAGAGAGCAUAGGGAGGGAAAUCCUUGUACAGAUUUUAUGGGGACGUGAAGCGAAAAAACUUGAAAAAAACCAAAAAAAAACAGAAUAAAAUCAGUUUCGGGUUCUUUUGAACCCACCAAA